UAUCUAAUCUGUGUGCGAACGACGACAACCACGAAUGAAAACACAAUUCAACCUUUUUUGUAUAUUUUUUUUCUAUCAUUCCGCAUUCAAGUUUGGGAAUGUAAAUUGAAUCAUUGCUUUUCACUUUGCGUCACAGUGUCUCUCUGUUUUUGUGAGCAAAGUUACAAUUAUCGAAAUGGAACCAAUGUAGUAAAAUUCGCGCUGAACAGUGAACAAGUCAACAUAGUAGAGUCAUUGAAAACGACGACAGAGAGAGAAGGAGAGAGUGAAAAAAGAAGAAAGAAAAUUUUAAGUGCACACAGCACUAACGACGUGAAUCGAUUUUGGUUAUAGUUUUAGUUCAGUCAUUUUUCUGCUUUUGAUUGAGGAUUUUUUUUUCUCUCAAUUGAAUCAAGUGAUCUAUAGGUGUGUGCCCUUUUAAAGAAUAAAAAAAUCAAAACGAAAAAAAAAUGCAAGCUUCCAUUGAUUCAGAUGAUUCGGAGGAGUAUUAUGAUGCUGAAGAUUCAACCCCGAAUCGAUUGAUGAAAAAACGUUCUCCGAAUUCUGAAGAUGACGGUUUUGUAUAUCCCGAUACAAAUGUAGAGAAGCCAUCCGAUAAAUGUGAUUUGGAUUCAUUGACAAGGCAAAAGCAGCAGGGUCAAAAAGCAACGACAUCAUCGGUACCCAAUACACAACCUCAUGUGUUCGCUGAACCAAAACCAUCCGGUAGGCAGCGCUUUCGUGAUUUGCGUCAAUGCAUGCAAAACGAUGAGGAUGAAAAUCCUGGCAACACACUGACGCCUGAUUCACAGAAUAGUUCAGUGGAGGGAGUUUUUGCGCCACAACGAUCAACCCAUCCCUUUCGAAUAAUCGAAAACAGCGAUACCAUUAGUAUACAAAGUAUGACAUCAUUGGGUCGAGUUGGACGAAUUUUAGCUGGAACAGUUGAUGUAAUUAAUUCAAAUACGGAAAAAGAUACCUGCAGCACAAAUGCAUCAUCGAUUGUUGAUUGGAAUGCGGCGAGUACAAGUAAUACGGCAUCAACAACAAUGGUAACUGAUGUAUUCAAUGAUCAUCGUAAAUUAAAAUCAACAGCUAAUAAUAGUAGCAGUAGUAGCAGUAGCAAUAUGAAUAAUUCAAGUACCAGCAGCAAUGAUAAUACCAACAUUAAUACGACAUUACAAGAGCCCGAUGUGAUUGCCAGCACCAAAUUAGCACAUUCAAAAACAACCGAUAGCCUUACGUCAAGUGGACCGAUUGCACCGCCACGAAGGAAGAAAAAACCAGUGAAAACAAUAUCAACAAAUUCGGUGGAACAAAUGAGUAGUUGUACCGAAUCGUCACCGUCAUCCACAGAAAGUAAGCUUAAAUUAAGUGUUGCCUUACCGCCAGCAUCGAGUGAAUGUGCCGUAUCAUUGCCCAGUCCAGCAACAAAAGCCAUUGAAACAUUAACCAGAGAAAUUGAAAAUUCAUUUGUCAUUUCAUCGGAUUGUAAUUCACGUGAAAUGUGUGGUUCAAUGAGUCGAAUAUGUCAAUCGUUGGGCAAUUCAUCGACAUCUGUCUAUUCAAAACCUAGUCCAUCAAAUAGUUCGAAAAGUAAUUCGGCACCGGGUCGAGCUAGUUCGAUUGAUCCAAAUCAAGGUUUAAAUUUGUACAAAGCAACACGCGGACAAUAUGUUGUGAAACCGCAAGACGAAGAAGCAAAUAAAGCCGAAGGUCCAUCUAAAGAAGAACUCGAACGCAUCGAAAAGAUUCGUGCCGAAAUCUUUGGCACAAAUUCAACCGCACAACGUCCACAUUUAUCGGCCACCGGUUCAAAUAGCCUGGGCAAUGGAAUGCGAUACGGUAAUAAUUUAGCGAAAGCAGCACAAUUGGCAAAAGAACGACGAAAAUCGGCCGGUGAUGAAGAUGUAUUGAAACAAUUAAAUGUUUUUGUACGAACGCGUACCGAUUCAGGGAAAAAGCUUACGGAUUUUGAAAUUUUAGAACAAGUGCCAGUUAAGAAUUUAGAUACAGGUGAAAAAAUUCCAUUAUCUGAAGUGAAACCACCUCCACCACCUGAUGGAUGGAAUCCAUUAUCACUUCACAUCCAUAAAUUGACCAGUCAUUUGGAGGCAUUGCAAAAAGAAUCGGACGAAGAGAGUGUGAUUGGUGUGCCGCCUGGUGCUGAAACGCCAGCAAUGGACGAAGACGAAGUUGAAAACGAAGAAAGUGGUCGGAUAAAGCGGAAAACAGCUAGACUGAAACGUUUCUUCGGUUCAACUAUGCGAAAAACUGUCGAUAGAGCGAAAUUAAUUGCAUCGGAAGUGUCACAUGCACGUCACAAAGAGGAUGUUGCCGAUAUUGUUGAUGUGGUCAAUCCCGAACAAAAUAUUAAAAUUAAAGCGUCUAGUACGAAUAAAGGACCGUAUGAAUUUGCAAAAUUGCAACACGUUCAGGAUUUGUCGGGCGAACAUACCGGAGCUGUGUGGUGCAUGAAAUUCAGCUCAUGCGGUCGUUUACUUGCAACAGCCGGUCAAGAUCGUGUACUUCGUAUUUGGGUGUUGAAAGAUGCUUAUCCAUAUUUUCAAGAUAUGCGAACAAAAUACAAUGCUGAUCAAAAAUCAUCGCCAACACCAUCACAAGAGUCGCUUGUAUCACAUAAUUCAGCCGAAGAGGCCGUUGCAAUGGCAACAGCUGCCGAACAAAGUGCCGGACCAUUUAUGCCAAAGGCAUUUUGUUCGUACACCGGACACACUUCAGAUCUCCUUGAUGUGUCAUGGUCAAAGAAUUAUUUUAUUUUAUCGAGUUCAAUGGACAAAACUGUACGACUUUGGCAUAUUUCACGACGUGAAUGUCUUUGUUGUUUUCAACAUAUUGAUUUUGUUACCGCUAUUGCAUUUCAUCCCCGUGACGAUCGUUACUUUUUAAGUGGCAGUCUCGAUGGUAAACUACGUCUAUGGAAUAUACCCGAUAAAAAGGUUACGCUAUGGAAUGAAUUGGAUGGCCAAACAAAAUUAAUAACGGCAGCGAAUUUCUGUCAAAAUGGAAAAUUUGCCGUCGUUGGUUCGUAUGAUGGCCGUUGUUUGUUUUAUGAUACCGAUCAAAAUCUAAAAUACCAUACACAAAUUCAUGUGCGCUCGACACGAGGACGAAACAAAACUGGACGAAAAAUCAGUGGCAUUGAACCAAUGCCCGGCGAGGAUAAGAUUUUAGUAACAUCGAACGAUAGUCGGGUGCGUUUAUAUGAUUUACGUGAUUUGAAUUUAAGCUGUAAAUACAAGGGCUACUUGAAUACGUCAUCACAAAUAAAAGCAUCGUUUAGUCAUGAUGGCAAAUACAUCAUUGCCGGUUCGGAAAAUCAAUGUAUCUACGUAUGGAAAACCAAUCACGAUUAUAAAUUAAGUUCGGUGCGACGUGACCGAAGUGAUUUCUGGGAAGGUAUUAAAGCACACAAUGCAACGGUUACAUGUGCAAUAUUUACACCACAUCCCGAGGCAAUAAUUAAACCAGAAAUCGACGACGAUGAUAUAUCUAGUGUAAAUAGCUCAAACAUAGCGCAGGAUCCAAUGGUUGAGCAGCGUAAAAAAGGUUGUGGUUAUGUAUUGAUUAGUGCCGAUUUCAAUGGAGCCAUCAAAGUGUUUGUGAAUAAAACAAAACCGAAACAUAGCAGUUUGCCAUACACGGCAAUUUUAGACUAAGCAUCACAAAAGCAUUCGCAUUUUUUUGUUGUUCGUUUUGAAUUUAUUAGUAUUAAUUCAAUUUGACAUAGAUCUCGAUGAUGACAUAGAGAUUUUCAUGAAAUUUGUUAAGUAAUUUCUGUAUUUUUUUUUUUGCUUUUUUGUUCAUUCGCAGUCAUAAAAUUGCCCAAAACAAACAGCGAAUUUACCGUUCCUUGUUGAUUGCAUUAAUGUCAUUAUUAUAUUUUUUUUAUUGUAAUUAUUAUAAUUUUAUUUUGCUCUAAAUUAUUUGAUUGUAUUUUUCUUUGCCUAUUUUUUUUUUUUGUAGAAAUGCUUAUACAAAAUAACCCGAAUCAAUCACAAACUCAAUUUAGGUUGAACAUUUUUGUCACGACCGGCAAAUAAUGUGAAUGAAAUUUAAAAAAAAAGAAAGAAAGAAAGAAAGAAGAGAAAAAAAUGAGACAAAACGUAAACGACGGCCAGAUGAGUCAUAUAUAAUUGAUUGUUAAAUUCGCUAAAGAAAAACUGAAAACAAAAAUUACGUUGUUAAAAAAUCAUUAACGGUUAGAAUUUGUAUAUCGUCGUUGGUAAAUGCCAUUGCACAAUUUCGAUUAUUAAAUGAUAUUGUAACUAAAUCCAUCGACGAUAGUUGAAUAAAGCCAUUUUUUGAUAACUUAUACGUUU